GAUGACGUCGGUAGUCCAGUCUCUAAUCCCACCCUCUUAAGUCCAAACGGGCCGAAGUUAAAUCUCUUAUCAAAACAUUAUCACUCCACAUCAUUCGGCAUCCAGAAUUUUGCAUAUCGCGAGUGUUUUGAUGGGGAUUGCCUUGCUCUCUUUAGUCCCUGCGUAAUGACAUCGGUGCCACAAUCCAAGCAAAACCAAUGGAAAGCCCGAUCGCAAAGCAUAUCAUCGUCAUUCCAGUCGGCGGUAGGCUCAUGGAAGUUCAGCGCCCUUGCCGCGGAGGCCGCAGAGUUAAUCCGAAAGGAUUUGGAGCGUGAAUCCAUUCUCGAUCAUGAGAAUGAAGUUCGCGAUGAAGAGGAAGAAGAAGAAACAAUCAACGACUCUGCGGUGAAUGAUGACCUGGAGCCGUCAUCGAGCUAUUUGGAUUCUGAGCAUGCAUUAACCGCUGGGGCGUAUCAUCCCCCAAGUCUAGUCUCUGGGGGGCCCCGCGCUCUCUUCAUUCCCACAGGAUCAUUGCCUGCGCUUUCAAGUGCCUUAACAGCAUCAGAGCAGGAGGACAUUACGAAUGAGGAGCGAGUCUUGCUCCGAGAUAAUAAUAUCAUCCCAGGAAAACGCCCGGCCGAGGAAGAGGGAGCUGCAGGCAAAGCACUUUCCCUCUUCACACGACCGCUCGAUUAUCUUAAGAAGGGGGUUGCUCCAGCAGUUCACGAGGAGCACGCGGGCCGGAUAACUGAAAGGAGUCGGUUGCUAGGUACCUCUGAGCAGCAACAAUACACAAAGGAUUCUCCAGAGCAUAUCAGCCGAAAAUGGGAGGAGGCCGUCUCAGCGGGUCUAAUCCAGACCACCUGGCAACGAGAGACAAAAGUCAUCGUAAAAUAUUCGCGCUCAUUGAUCGCAACAUUCGUGCUGCAAUAUUCGCUCACUGCUGCUAGCAUUUUGGUAGUCGGACAUUUGGGCAAAAAUGAGCUGGGCGCGGCAAGCUUGGCCAUCACGGUCACCAAUGUGACAGGAUAUGCUAUUUACCAGGGCCUUUCGACUUCUUUGGAUACUUUGUGCGCACAAGCUUAUGGAUCUGGUAAGCGCACCUUGGUCGGCCUGCAGUUGCAGCGAAUGCUUCUUUUUCUCUGGGCUUUGACUAUUCCUAUUGCCGUUGUGUGGCUCUGCGGAACUUUUAUUUUGCAGGCUAUCAUUCCGGAUAAGGAAGUCGCACGACUUGCUGGAUAUUAUUUGAAGGUUGUUCUUGCCGGCGCUCCGGGGUAUGCAGCUUUUGAAGCGGGGAAAAGAUUCAUGCAAGCUCAAGGACUCUUCUCUGCCACAUUUUACGUCCUCCUGAUCGGGGCACCGCUCAAUAUCCUUCUGAGCUGGCUGCUUGUAUGGGAACUCGGUUUAGGUUUUGUUGGUUCACCGAUAGCUGUCGCCGUGACGCAAUGUUUACUACCCAUUGGGCUUUUUCUCUAUGUGAGAUUUGUGCGCGGGAUGGAGUGCUGGGGUGGGUGGGACAGAAGAGCAUGGCAGAAUUGGCGUCCAAUGAUAAAGCUAGCCAUCCCAGGCCUCGCUAUGGUUCUCGCCGAGUUCUUGGCAUUCGGACUUCUCACGCUUUCUUCAAGCUGGAUCUCAGCCACUCAUUUAGCCGCGCAGUCCAUCUUGAACACCGUCGUCACCAUUACUUGGCAAAUACCAUUUCCCAUCUCAGUUGUUGUAUCAACGAGGAUUGCCAAUCUUAUUGGAGCUGCGCUUCCUGACGCCGCCAAGGUGACCCGGAGAGUAGCACUCUCGGCGGCUUUGCUAGUGGGAGGGCUGAAUUCCAUCCUUCUGGGCACGUUGUCGCAUUACAUUCCUUGGUUGUUCACUGCUGAUCCAGAUGUCGCCCUGCUGGUGACAAAGGUCUUGCCCGUUUGCGCCGCGUAUCAAAUUUUUGAUGCCCUGACGGCAAGUUGCAAUGGGAUUCUGCGUGGGCUAGGCAAGCAGAAGAUUGGCGGCUGGGUCUGCCUUUUCUGCUACUAUGUGAUUGGAAUACCCAUCUCGUUCGGUACUGGGUUCGGUCUACACUGGUUCCUUUACGGCUUUUGGGCGGGUCCAGCUAUCGCUCUUGCACUUGUGGCUGCUUUGGAAGGUAUCUUUCUCUUCCGGACUGAUUGGGACGUAGCGGUAAGUGAAGCGCAGAACCGGAAUGAGCUCGAUUGAUUUUGAACCAAUUCAAACUUCAUUUUAUGCGGCGCAAGCGGCCCCAAGAUUUGGCGCAUUUAUUACGGAGUAGAGGACGGGGGCUUUGCACCAAAGUCUGUUCAUUCUUGGCCGACGCCUUCUACUAGACGGUUUGCAAUUUUUAGCGAUCUCGGC